GGAUUAGUCUCUCCUCCCAGUUGCAGUCCUUAGUCGCUUGUGGCUGUUUGCCGGCUCGCUAUUGCCUUGAAGACGGGCGAACCUGUACCCAGGAAGGAGGAAGUCGUAGAAGCUGACCCAGAUUCUUGGCAGGUCUUUAGGUCCGUUGGUGCAGCAGAUUUCAAGGCUACGAGAGGAAGACUGCUUCUGAUUCCUGCAGGAAGAAGAAACAGGAAAAAAAAUCUCAAGAUGGAAAAUGUCCCCAAGGAAAGCAAAGGAGAGGAGCAGGUUCCAGUGCAGAAUGAAGAAGCCCACCCUUUGGGAGGUGGUGAAGGCCAAGAACCUGGAGGAAACAUUAGAGGGGAAUGGGCUCCACCUGCCCAGGAUUUUAGAGAGGAUAUGCCCAAUAGGCUUGUCAAUAACAUUGACAUCUUAGAUGGAGAUGCAGAUGAUAUGGAAAGGUUCAUGGAGGAGAUGAGAGAGCUAAGGAGGAAAAUUAGGGAGCUUCAGUUGAGGUACAGUCUGCGCAUUCUUAUUGGAGAUCCUCCUCACCACGACCAUCAUGAUGAAUUUUGCCUUAUGCCUUGAAUGCUGAGGUUAAUAAUCGUAAACCCCCCUGCUUCCCAAACUUGCAUUUUCUUGAUGUACCCUUUACUGUGAACCUUUCGUGUUCUGUCAUUUUUUUGAUUAGAGAUUUAAUUUUCACUUUUGACUUAGUCUGUAAGUUUUUCUGUCAGCAGGGGAGAUUUUAUCAACUUGCAUGGAAAGAUGUCUAUUACAUAUUGUAAAGCUAAUAAAGCCGUUUAGAAAGCAGUC